AUGGCCAAAAUCGAUAGGAUAAGCAGUUUACCAGAUGAAUUAUUAAGCGAAAUAGUUUCUCGCCUUUCCGUAAACGAGGCGGCUACUACCUGUGUAUUAUCAAGGAGAUGGCGCCAUGUCUUUGCUUUGAUUACCCGGCUCGAGUUUGAUCAUUCUUGUAGGGCUACACUUAAACAGUAUAAGAUCCGCGGAGUCAAGCAACUCGAAGUUGUUGCUCGUGUGAGGAAUGCCGAUAAGCUACCAUUAGCCCUUUUCGAGUGUCAAACAUUAGAGGUGUUAACUCUAGAUGUGAAUCAAACUCUUGAACUUCCCUCGUCUUUUAGUUUGCCAAACUUGAAAGUGUUACGCCUGCAUAUAGCUUUUUUCCGUGAUGAAGAUUUUAUAACUAGGCUAGUUUCGAGGAGUCCAUUACUCGAAUGCCUAGAUUUGGCAGGAAGCAGGGAAUGUUUUGAACCUAUCAAUGAUGUUAUUUCUGCACCUUUUCUUAAAUCGAUUGGAGAUCUGAAUUCACUCGUCGAAGCUCAGUUAAAUAUGCCCUUGACAGAAGUAAGGCAGUUCAGAUCAUUGUCUAAUGUUCAAUACUUGUAUCUCGGCACAAGGUGCAUGGAGAGUCUCAAAAAAUGUGGAUUAAAGCAUAAUAAGCUGCCUAUAUUUUGUAAUUUAGAGCUUAAAUUUGCCUUGAGUCAAUCCUAUCAAGAAGUAGUGUUGGAGAUGCUUCAUGCUUCACCUGUUCUAGAAACAAUUUUCUUUCAGGAAUUGAACGAAAUUUGGAAUGCCGAAGUUUUAGAAGAAGUUGAUAAUUGGAAUAAAGUUGAAAAGAUCCCAUCUUGUUUGGAGUCGCACCUCAAAAGAAUUGUGAUAAUGCAGUACAAUCCGUGGACUAAUUUGGAGCAAGCACUGGGAAAUAAGUUAAUUCUUGAUGCUCCUAAUUUGAAGUAUCUCGACUAUUCUCUUGAUUUGAAAUCGCAAUACUCGUUUGGAGAUCUGAAUUCACUCGUCGAAGCUCAGUUAGAUAUGCCCUUGACAGAAGUAAGGUUGUUCAAAUCAUUGUGCAAUGUUCAAUACUUAUAUCUCGGCGGAAGGUACAUGGAGGUAUAUUAUAGCAUGGAUGUGUGA